AUGGCGAUGGACGAAAAAGGGUUAUCGGCAGAUAUAACAAGCACGAGGACCGAAUCGGUCGUUCCUACCGGCUGCCUCGCUUGCGGGAUUUUAACGGGAGCCGUCUCUUCCAGUGUCUUCACCCCGUUCGACAGAGCUUUGUAUCUCUCCGUCACCGCCCGUCGACCUCUCCUCGAUAGACGAAAUUGGUCACGGCCGUACCAAGGUCUUUUGAACACAUUCACCUCUCGGGCGAUAAACACUGGGCUCUACUAUCCCCUCGAAAGCAUUUUCACCAACGUCCUCUCCGCCCUAUACACUUCCGCCGGAGUUCAGAAUGACACAGAGUCUGAGCAGCGAGAACGAAAUGAUGCUCGUGGAGCCCGUCAAGCGGAAGGCAGCAGACGCGAUGCAAACAGAGUCUCGGGCCCUGCCAAAGCUGACGAAACAGACACGGGAUUGGCUUCAGCUCCUCCCAAAUGGAUUUUUUUGGCAUCUGGUCAGCUUGUCGGUCUCACGAGUGCAGUCGUCUGCCAUCCGUUUAACAUGGUAAAGUGCGCCAGUUGGAGCGGCCACACCGACACGUCUUCGCGGGUUUUCCUUCAGUCGGUCUGCAGUGGAGGCGUCCACCAACUGUACCGGGGUUUGGGACCUACGAUCUUGAGGGAAGGAACUUUUGGCGGCAUUUUCAGUCUUCUUCGUCACGGGUUUUGCUUCUCAAAGACUUCACCCCAUCCGGACCGGCCAUCAUUCCCCGCUGCGUCUCCAAGUGGCGCUACGGCUAGUGACACACCGACAUCUUCUCCUCCCUCUUCCCCGCCGACUGGGUCCCUUCUCCAAGUGUGCAAUCCGUUCAUCGAGAACUUUAUUGCCGCCGCUGUCGGAGUCGUGCUUUCUUCCCCGUUCAACUACGCCCGCAAUAUGCAGCUGUCGGCGCCGCUAAGUUCGCCGACGCCCACCACCUGGUCCACGCUGUGCGAUCUCUGGCGAGAAGCUUUUCACCCACAGAGCGCGCCAAAUGGCAACGAACAGUCCAAGCUGAGAAGCAGCCGUGGAGCUGCAGACAGACGGGGGUUUUCACAGCCGCCAAAGUCGAGUGUCGGUGUUUCUCCAUCGCCGAAGACAGCGGCUGAUGCAAUCCCUCACGACAUUCAACAGAAAGUGCCGAGAUUCCUCGUCUGCCAUCCCACAGUUCGCGGUGUCGUCAUUAUCGCGGAUCGACUGCGUGUCGGAUGGGGAACCGUGCGGGCUUCGAUAGGCAUGAGUAUCGGCGCAGUUGUUUACGGUGCCUGCAUGAAUCAUCUGGUGCCGCAAACCGGCCAAACGCUGUAA